AUGGACGGAGAGACACCGACCGGACGCCUACCUGAUGAGUAUCCUCCCGGCGUGGGCAACGCCCUCGCCGAGGCUACCGCAAUGUCUCUCAGGGCCAUCGCCUCAACCACCCCUUUAACUUGUUCCAAGUUCCAGUCUUCCCAGUUGCCUCCCACCUCCCACCCUCCUCACUACCUCAACAGCGUCAUGGUGGAGGUCUUGAUCCCCCAUCACACCUCGGACGUGCAGAAGAAGCAGGCGAUCAUGUCUUCAGACCUCCUUUUGGCCCUAUGUGUGGCCCGGCCCCAUCCCUUCACCCCCGGCAGGCCCGACGCGAUGGACAGCAGCGAGAUGAUGGACGACAACUCCGAGUUCAUCGACAACGACACGAGCCUCGCGUACGGCGACCAUGAUAUCGAACUGGAAGGGCAGGACUACGUAGCCGGGGAGUAUGAAGAAGGCGACGAAUCCACGCAGGAAGCGGACGACGAAGUGGAAGAAGAGUCGGACGGGGAGGAUGAAGGAAUGGUGGGCAUCCGCGAGAUCCGGUUCUACGUCGACUACGACCAAGACGAGUCGUACACGCCGACCCGCAUCGUCUUCAAGUCGGGCACGAGCGAGAAUAACAUGAUUCGCUUCGCCUCGAUGGAUCUCGUCAGCCCCAAGGGGUGGCAAAAGGUGCCCCUCGAAGGGGUGGGCGGCGGACCCGACGGCAACACCCUCUUCUGCUGGGUCCUCCAGGUGUCCGUCACGGAGAACCACCAGAACGGCAAGGACACGCACCUCCGCGGCAUCAAAAUCUUUGCCCUCGACACUGAGACGACGACGGCGGCGGCCGCCGCCGCGAGCAGUAACGGCCGACCUGAUUUCGGAGCCUUGGGCGAGGUGGCCUCGGCGGACGCGCAGACGCCGGCGAUGGGGACGCGGCGGCGGACGGGGAGGACGUCUCUUAGGCGGCCAGACGUCGAUCCCGAGACGCCGGUGCGUCCCCCGAGGGGCGGCGGAAAUGGGGAAGGGGAGGAAGGGCCGGGGUUUAUGCGGGAGCCGGAGUUGCGGUGA